GCUGCCAAAACUGAAGCCCCUUCGAUUCUCGCCUUGUCGGAAUUCUUUUUGGGACUCUCUUGCGGUCCCGUCAAGUUCUCUUUUCCUUGUCGCGCGCUUACUUUCACCCCCCCAAACCGAGAAGGAAAGGGAAAAAAAAAACAGACCCCUUGGCCUUUGUUUAGUAAUACCUCUAACCGGCGAACAGGGGGUCGGGUAUCUUCAACCCGGCGCUCAGUCCUCGGUCGUGGCCCUCUUCUGGCUGCCCUGAUUGGCACCUGGCAACUAGCCACUCAGUGCUUACUCACUGGGCCUUGGACGGGGAGCGGGCCCCAUCAUUUUUAUUUCCCUUGCGCCAUCUCUUUUCCCACGUCAUACCUGACGUCUGUCCCAAGUCCUGACCUUCGACUUUUCUCCUUCCACACACACACACAUACGAAACACCUUGUUGCGAGGAACUACGUAAGGUAUUUACGAUCCCCGAUACUAGCAACGCAGCCGCGAGGCGGACAGGACGCUGCAUUACGAACAUAGCGUGCAGCCCUCUACCUACACUUUCUCUCUUGCGCCUUUGUGACCUCAUAGUCGUCCGCAACUUUCCCUUCCCACCCCGUCGUGUCCCUCUGGCCUCUGGUCGCUCGCAUCCGCACCCGCACCCGUUGCAGCACGAAGGCGCCGCAAGUUUUGGAUUGACAUCAUGGGGUCGUCUACUGGAGCCGCUGGCCGAGGUGAGUCCAAAUCACCCAAGCAAUCCAACAAGACAUCCCCACCGCGACAAGAUGGCCACCCCGAAUCGAAGCAUGAACCUCCCCUGAAGCCAUCCGAGUCGACGACCAAUGCCGAACCAGCCAAACCACUCGCGCCUCCGCCCCGUCCCGCUGCGCAACAACAGUCCACGAACAGCCCUUCCGACUACUUCUCGCAGAACCCCAUCAGCGGCUCCCUGAGCCUGGAGCCGAACCCAUUUGAGCAAUCCUUCGGUGGUGCCCCCGAAACGCCCGGCGGUACUAAACUCCCGCCCGUCGCCGCCCUAGCGUCCCCAUCAUCCAUCUUGCCUCCUGGCUCAACACCUUUCCCCUGGGGCGGUAGCAACUCGUUGCGAUCCGGCCCAUUGAGUCCGGCAAUGCUGUCGGGCCCAACGACCUCUGAUUAUUUUGGCGACCACAUUCGCGGAGGUUUCCCAACGCCAAACGAAUCGUCGCUCAGAACAGGAUUGACGCCUGGUGGUAGCGGGUCUAUGUUCCCUGCCCCGAGUCCUAACUCGACUCUCUUUGCACAACUUGCCGGCCCUGCUGCCACGCCUGGAACCAUCGACUUUCACCGAACCGCCAUCAGUGCCGCUGCCGCCAAGGCCCAAGCUCAGGCCCAGGCCCAACAACAAGCAGCACAUCAGCAUCAACAACAAUCGCAACCGCCAUCGAUUACGUCACAACCCGCCUCCGAUCUCCCCAAUGGCAUUCCGCCUCUGAAGCCUGAGACGAAGCCACCGACUGGACCCUUUGACCCGCAUGAUAACGACGCGGCAAAUGGUCUUUUCAUGUUAGCACAGGGACGAAACGCAUCUCAGCCACCAAGCCAAUCAUUUAACGUGGUGUCGGCACCUCCGCCACCUCCAUCAAGUCACCCGCACACUGUGCCGGCUCCUCCUGUGCAACCAGUUAACACGUCACCACAAAUGAAUGGGAACGUAUCCAUUGCAGGAAGCUCAGCACGUGGUGUCAGUGAAGUUAGCAUCGGGUCAGACGACAGUGAACUUGCCAGGCCUAAUACCCGUGGCAAAGGGAAGCGUAACUCCACAAGCGCAGCGACGACGGGUUCCCGUCGCAAGGCUGAAGAAACUCCGGCCAAGACUCCAGCCAAUAAAAAGACCAAGACAAACGGAUCUGUUUCUUCACUCAACGGUAUGGACUACUCAGGCUCGGAAGACGAGUCGAAGCCAGGCAAGGAUGACGGAACGGGCUCAAAGUCCAAGAUGACGGAAGAAGAAAAGCGCAAGAACUUCCUGGAGCGGAACAGGGUUGCCGCUCUGAAAUGUCGGCAGCGUAAGAAACAGUGGCUCGCUAACCUCCAGCAAAAGGUGGAGAUGUUCAGUUCAGAGAAUGACGCCCUUACUGCAACAAUAACACAGCUUCGGGAAGAAGUGGUCAAUCUCAAGACACUUUUACUCGCACACAAGGACUGUCCAGUGACGCAACAGCAAGGUCUCCAUGGUGCGUUCAUGCAGCAAGCCAUCGAGCCAUUUAGUCACCAGAUGAACCCCUACGGUAUGGGAGCUGGCAUACCUAAUCAGCCCGUCGGCAUGCCGCCGAAUGUUGCUCCUCGCCGAUUCUCAUAGCGAUGGGGUGCGGAGGUUGAGACAAUAUUGGAUGAUGAAACAGGCAACGAUUCCCGACAAGGAGGGUCGUCUUCUUAACCUACUUGACCUUUCGGAUGUCACCCACGUUGACGAUAAUUACCAUCCAACCUCAACUGGGUCCGACCAUUCGCGGGCUGUCCUUUCUGUUAAUAACAUUGGGCGGCGUGCAAAACGGGGGGCGCGACAUUCUUACGACGUUCGGAUUCUAGAGACUGCACCAUAAACAACAAAGGACAGUCAUUUCCAUUCUCUGCAUUGUAUGAGUUCUAGCCAGUAGGCAUCUUGCUAGUCAAGUUCAUGGAAACCCAGGGGUGGCUAAGGGUCUCCUGAAUCGGUGCAGCACCAUUACCUCUGGCCAUUAGUCUGUGUAUCUAUGUGGUGUCUUGAGGGCAUACAAAAACCGGCGUCACUGGUGUUUCGGGCUGCUUUUUUGUUAGCUUUUAUUUUUAACCUUUCUUUUUAUCUUGUCUCUUUUUGGUGUGGCAGGAGAGGAGGAACCUGGACACGGCUGGACAGGAAGGAGGGCGGGAGGAGGAAGGCAAUUUGGUGAGGCGUUUUUCCUUCAAAGCGAUUUGGUAAAGCGGUUAUCAAGCGGAAGACAAGGGCGUGAGUUCGGGGUCUGCUUGCUCUCUUAAUUCUGGUCACGGCGAAGACCACAAGAAGCUGCAAGUUUAGUGAUCCUGGAUUGAUGCCCCUUGUCUCAACCGGGAACCGAUUAUUAUCCUUUGUUUAUAUGGCGUGUACAUCAUUGGCGUUUGCCGUGAGGCGCCUCUCACGAUACGAGCAGGUUCAUUAUGACGGUGUAUUUUCAGGUAACGGUUAGCUAGUAGCUGGUAGGCAACAAGGGAAACUGGCAUGGAAAUUUCAAGGCGCAUAAAUACACUGAGACGCUUGGUAAUUGUGAUGAUGACGGAUUGAAUCAUCUUGCGAGAUACGAGACAGGAGAAAUAUGACAACCAUACAAUAAUCAAUCCCUGGGCUUGUGAUGGGGGAAAGAAGACCGC